AUGCACAACCAAAUUUUUUCCCCUCCUACAUUUCAAACACCAUUUUCUGGGUUUGUUGAAGUUGCUACUCCAACAACAAAUAAUUUAACUUCUAAUAAUUAUUUACAGAGAGAUUAUAGGAUAAAAAGAAAUACAUCACCAAGUGAAGACUCUCUUCAAAAGGUUAUUGAACAAUUAAGAGAACAAUUAAAAAUGAAAGAGGAAGAAAUAGCUAAUUUAAAAAAGGAAGUUAUGAAUUAUAGUAAUAUAUUAAAUACAAAAGAUCAACACUAUAAGGAUUUAGAAGGUAAAUUAGAAUUUGAAAGAAAACGAAUAAAAACAGCUAGCGAAAAUGAAAAUCAAAGUAAGAAAGAAUUGGCAAAAAUGAAUUCAGUAUUAAAAAGAUAUCAAGAAGAAAGUAGAGAAUUUAGAUCUAUUAAAGAAGAAAAUACAAGACUAACAAAUUUACUUAUAAACAGAGAUGAAAAAAUUAAACUUGUUGAAAGCUAUAAUGAUCAAUUAAAAGAAGAAAUUCAAAUUAAAGAAGAAAAGGUCAAACAGUUAGAAGAAAUUGUAAAUGAUAGAAAAAUGAUAACAGAAGGUACCUUUGAUUUAAAUUAA